CUUGAAAUCAUACUUCAAAUUUUUUAUUGUGAGAGAUCCCUUUGAAAGACUCAUUUCUGCCUUUAAGGACAAAUUUGUCCAUAACCCUCGGUUCGAGCCCUGGUAUCGGCAUGAGAUUGCCCCUGGCAUCAUUAGGAAAUACAGAAGGAACCGAACAGAAACCAAGGGUCUUCAGUUUGAGGACUUUGUGCGUUACUUGGGUGACCCAAACCAUAGGUGGUUAGAUCUCCAAUUUGGGGACCACAUCAUCCACUGGGUGACAUAUGUAGAACUCUGCGCCCCCUGUGAAAUAAACUACAGUGUGAUUGGGCACCAUGAGACCUUGGAGGAAGAUGCCCCCUAUAUCCUGAAAGAAGCUGGGAUUGAUCAUCUAGUAUCUUACCCAACGAUUCCUCCAGGCAUUACUGUGUAUAACAAGACCAAGGUGGAACACUACUUCUUGGGAGUAAGCAAAAGAGACAUCCGCCGUCUAUAUGCACGUUUUGAAGGAGACUUUAAGCUCUUUGGGUAUCAGAAGCCAGAUUUUUUGCUAAACUGA